AUGGACACCUCGGCUGAAUUUUCAUCAUUCAACGAAAACGUACGAGCCGCGCUGGUCCAGACAACUCGCACCGUCACCCACAUCUCCUCCGAAGACAUUGACUUUCACUGCAACUCAAACCCCGAAUUCGCCGAAUCUCUCGAGGAAGAGAGGGUGCGGCUGUUGUCUUUGACGUCUUCCUUGUUGAGAGUCGCGACCGCGGGCACGGAUAUCAAGCCGCCCGUUCUGUCGGAAACUGAUGGUGGCGGUGAAGAUGUCGUCGAGGAGAACUGGCGUGGUGUGGUGGAUGUGAUUGAUAAUCUGUUGGAAAAGGCAGAUGCUUGUUUGGAUGAGUUUACGGGGAUUAUCAAGAAACUGAGUCCGUCUGCUGCCGACACAGCAGCAGCAGCAGGUCAAAGUCGAAGGGGUGAUGCUCGUCAAGAGAAUGCGGCAUUCCCGUCGAUUUAUAGCUAUGGGCCUUCGAAGAUUCCAAAGCCUCAGCUUUUGUUCCACCGCGCGCCAGAUAAUACAGAUGUCUCACCGUUCCGACCGCUUCUCACAUCCAAGCCGAAUGCGAUUGUGCCGCUGGAAAAAUCUCUUCGACUAAAGGGGAAGCCUGCAUUCUAUCCUAAUCCCUACGAAAAAGAAAUCCGCAAGGCCAAGUAUGACAAAUCCGCCUACGUCGUCGCGCCUCCAACAGAGUUUGGGCCGGCCGAAACGACACAAGCAGUCUGGGUCGAUACCCCGGAAGCAGUCGCCGAGAUGGUCUCGGAGCUCAAGCAGGCCAAAGAGGUUGCUGUUGACUUGGAGCAUCACGAUGUACACUCGUACCACGGUCUUGUCUCGCUGAUGCAAAUCAGCACGCGGAACAAGGAUUGGGUUGUCGACACGCUCAAGCCAUGGCGAGAGGAUCUGCAACGUCUCAACGAGGUUUUCACCGAUCCUAAAAUUCUCAAAGUGUUUCACGGCUCGACGAUGGAUAUCAUCUGGCUGCAAAGAGAUUUGGGUCUCUACGUGGUUGGCUUGUUUGAUACUUACCAUGCCGCCGUCGCUCUCGGAUACCCCAAACGGAGUUUGAAGUUUCUUUUGGAGAAAUUCGUCAAGUACGAAGCAGAUAAAAAAUACCAGAUGGCCGACUGGCGUCUUCGUCCCUUGACAGAAGAAAUGUUGAAAUAUGCCAGAGCCGACACGCAUUAUCUGCUCUACAUAUACGAUUGCUUGCGCAAUGAGCUCGUGGAAAAGUCCGAUCCUGAGAACAGCCUGGUUGAUUAUGUGCUUGAGCAAUCAAAGACGGAAGCCUUGCAACGGUUUGAUCGACCAGUUUACGACGGGGUCCAUGGUCAAGGUGCCGGGGGCUGGUAUGACUUACUAACCAGAACCUCCUCCUUGCUCAGCAAGGAGCAAUUCGCCGUUUUCAAGGCUGUUCACCAAUGGCGUGACCAGGUUGCUCGAGAAGAGGAUGAAGGUGUGCAAUGUGUGUUUCCCAAACACGCACUCUUCAAGCUUGCCAUGGCCAUGCCAGUCGAUAAACACACUCUCUUCAGGACACUGUCACCUGUUACUUUGCUGGUGAAGAAUCGGAUUUCGGAGCUUUUGGAAGUAAUCAAAUCAGCCAAACUUGCCGGCGCCACGGGUCCUGAAGUACGCGACGUGGUCAAACCAAGGAAAUCCGCCUUUGAGGCUGUCCCUGCAGCUCAAAUAGCGUCUACUGCUUCCAAGACUACUAGGACCAUACCAGCAGGCGACGUCCGAGCAGACUCGUCUCAGUUCUGGGGAUCGGCACUAGAACAGCUAGAAGUUGUUGCGGUGCCUGGAGACUUUAAAGUGGCAGCAUCGUUUGAGGCUCUGCGUUUGUCUCUUCCCAUCCCUCCCAUGCCUGCGACAAUAUCAGAAGUCCAAGAAAAAUUGGCGCAUGAAAAAGCCUCAGAGCCAUCUCCAGCUCAGCGACCAUCUACCAAGCCCGACACCACAAGUGAGAUCUUCACUAUCAAGCAAGCGGCACCGCGGCAGAAGAGAAAGUUGAGCGAGCAGCCCGAGGUGUCGGAUGCAACGUCUAGCAGUGGCGAUAGCAGCAACAGCAGCGACAGCAGUAGUGAAGCGUCAUCAUCAGGCUCGGAAUCAUCAGAAGACGAAAAACCUGCAAAGAAGCAACGAAAGACGACGAAGAAGAAAAACGCAAGUAAACAAAAACAGGCAGAGGCAGAAGAAUCGGCACCAUUCGACUAUAGCACGGCACAGUCAGUCUUGCACGCCAGGAACACAGCUGCAGAGAGUUAUGCUGGACCACCGCAGAAACAGAGGAAGCAGUUCAACCCGUAUGCAAAGGCGCUCAAUGCUCCGAGCGGGAUGCGCCGAGCCAAAAAGGAAAUCAGCGGACGGACGUUUACGUUUAGCAAGUGA